AUGGCAAACGAUGAGGAGGUAUUGGCCUCUACAGUGCGCGAAUAUUUUCUCAAGAAUGGAGGCAGAGUGAAGCAUAACGAUCUGUUCGACCAUUUCCGCGGGCAAUUGGAUAAAUUUGACGAUGAAGGUUCGUAAUUCCCCAGCAAAUACACAAAGCUUUACCUUUUCUUUAAAAAAUACCCUUUUUUUGCCCCUUUUAUGAAGUUUGCUGUUACUUAUUUCAAUUUUUCUAUAGGGACAUCCAAGAAUCGUUUCGGGGACAUCGUCGAUUCUUUGGCUUCUUUGCAAACUAUAGAGGUUUGUCCUAUUCUGUUUUAUAUGUUUUCUUAAUGUGUAGACAUUUUGUCAACAUUGAAACGCCAAUAUGUUUAUCAGAUGGCUGGCAUAUAAAAUGUUGAUCUUAUGAUGGUAAAUUGUGAACAAAAACCGAUGACAUGACAACAUAAUUGCCCGAAAUUUGUUUAAACGGAGUGUAAAAUAUGUGAAAAUUAAUCUGUUUCGUAGUUUUAUCUGAUAUCUUUAUAUACUGUACAUAUUUUUAAGAAUAAGUAAUUAAUACCUAACUAGCUAAUUACGUACAUUUGUACAGUAUAUAAUAGCUCUACAUGUUUUAAAAGUAUCAUGUAAACUUUAAAGUUAAUUCAUAUUGUAUUCAAGGCUAAUUCUGUAAUUGUUUUGACAUGCAAAAAGGAUGUCACCUAUAUUAAAUAUUCAUAUAAAAUAUAGUUUGAUCGUGCAGAUGUCUGCUAGAUAGAAUGAUUGCUUGAAAUGCUUUGUUUUGAAUUCUAAACAAUAUUUUGUCUAGACAAAAAUUGCUGGACUUUGCCAAUUAGCCUUUUUUUGCAGACAUAUGAAACUUGUUGAAACGUAAACUUUGAACAAAUUAUACAUGAAGUUGAUAUAAAAGAAUGCUAUUCAUAUGACAAUGUACACAAGUUUAUCUGAAUACACUACAUAAAAAAGUUUAUCUUCUAUGGAUGUGCUGGACACUGAUAUCUGGCAAAAUAUAGACAUCCGGUAAGAAUCUGCCUGAUAUUUACUGGAUAGUACUGGAACUUUUAUUAUAAGCACAAAACUGUCUGUUUUGUGUUCAGAUAUUCUGAAAUACAAACAACUAGUCUACUGGACAUGUGACACAUUAAAACGAAAUUACAGUUCAGUUUUUUUGUGAUAUAAACUGCUCUCUACUGUAGAUUAUCUGACGAUCCUUGUGCCACAAACUAACUAAACAGACAAUGGACUAUUUUAUGACAAAAAGUUAGUGACGUAUUGUCCAAAUACCACCAUCAGUAUCCGGCUAUUAUUAGUCAGACUACUAUCUGGCAAAGCAGUACCCAGCACAUCCAUAUUAUCAUCACGCAUGAUCUGUUUUGCCACGUUCAAAUAGAGACAAAUUAUUAAAAGAACUAAAUUAUCUCGUUGUCUAAUAGAUCAUUGUCUUGUCUCAACUAGGGAGAAAAGUACUUUGUACUCAAGAAAGCUAGAAAUGGCACGACACCCGUAUUGUACCGAAGGUCCAUGCGGCAGGUGAACCAACGCAAGGACAAGGGAGUUUCCUUGCCGGCUUCAAUGCGAAACUUCAGAUUUUCAACAGCAGGUAUAAAAUCCCUAACAGUUGAAGGCUUUUUGUAGAUGGGAAUUUUGAGUAGAAGACUAUAUAAUAGAAUAUUUAGACCAUAGCACCAUGAGCACCUGCAUAAGUUCAACCAUGGUUGAGGCUCUCAACCAUGGCCUAUGGUGAAAUUUGACCCUUUUAAUGCAAUGUUUUGAAAGAAACUUUGUAGUAAUUGUAGUGAAGGGCAAAAUUGGAUGAGUUGUACACUGUCAUAAUUCAUUAAUACACUGAUACAUAUGUACAGUACACUACAUGCAUAUGUCACAUCAUUGACUUUGGCCCGUUCUAGGCCCUAACUUUCCAUGGGGGUUGUGGGUUAGACUGCUGCACCUCCCCAAAUUUUUUCCACUUCCCCCACUAUUUCCACCAAACUCCGGCCUUGAACUUUCCGCAACUGUUCCUAGUUAGGUCUAAAAAUUGUGUAUAAGCUUCCGCUUGAAAUUUCCUUCAGUUCUAUUGAUCGAGUGAGAUUUAAAUCUUGAUAAUUCCCCUAGAUAUGUACAAAUUCCCGUCCUGUCAAAUAACCACAAAAAUGAAGCUUAGUACUAAUAUCUCUCACAACUUGCAGAAGAUGCGUCUGGGAAUCUUGCGGUUGGAGAUAAUAAAACUCGCCCAAGCCCUGGCACUCGUGUUCGAGCAGGGUUCAGAUCUGAUUCACAUGAUAGUGGAAUGAGAAGGAAUAACAGUGAUACAUCAAUUGUUGAAAGUGGACAAACAAAUGACAGUGGAGUGGAUACUGCAGUAAGUAGUUAAGGAAGGAGCUUAAACAAGCAAUGUUUUUAUCAACACAGGCAUUAAAAUAAAAAAAAAAAAUUUAAAUAAAAGCCUGUUAAGGUUUCUGGUAGGCCCCUACCAUAACAUUAAUCAAUUUCUUUUUUAAUGUAAAUAUUUAUAUGUUAUAAUAUAUGGGCAAUAAAAGGAAAUGAAAAUUAGUUCAGGUUUCCUCCUAUAAUAACACUGGAUCAAUAAGAGAUGAUCCUUACUGGACCUCAGAGGAGAACUGUUUAGAACUGAUAGACCUAUCCAGAGUAUAAAUAAAGUUAGUUUAGUUUAGGUUUCCUCCUGCAGUAACACUGGAUCAAUAAGAGGUGACCCUUACUGGACCUCUAUGAAGAACAGUUUAGAACUGAUAGAGCUAUCCAGUACAAAUAAAGUUAGUUUAGUUUAGGUUUCGAUCCUCCUGUAAUGACACUGGAUCAAUAAGAGUUGACCUUUACUGGACCUCUAGUAAGACCAGUUAUGGACUGAUAGAGUUAUCCAGUAUAAAUAGAUUAGUUCAAUAAAUAAUCAUUAUAUUCAUGGGUUUUCAAGUAAAUUUAUUAAAUAUAAAGUUUGAAAUGAUCUUCCAGGUAUCAUCUUUGCAGUCAGAAUCACCCAGAGGCUUGAGACAAAGUUCUUUCUCCAAAAAUUCUGAAUACGAUCGAAUGUCACAGAACAGUGGAGAUACAGUAAGCAUCCUAAGAUCAUUUCUAUACGAGAAAACCAACAGUAUUUCUUUUCCAAGAUCUUAAAAGCUGCAAGCAAGUUCCGAGAAUGCUAAUUAAUAUUUUGUUAUUUUUCCAGGGAAUUAGUGUUAACGAAGAUGAUCAUUAUGGUAAGAAUUUGAAUAUAAUCAAUCUGUUCCAUUCCAUAAUUUGUUCAAUUGGCAAUAAUAAAAUUUUGUUUGUUUUUUCUGUGUAGAACACGAUGUCCCAUCUCAUGUGGUAAGUAUUGUAGGCGGGUCUUGGGGUGUGGUUAGGAGGUGUUUACCCCUCUCAGAACCUCCAGCAAUGUCAGCUCUCUCAUCUUGUAGUUUAUUAACUGUUGACUUAUUUUAUUAACAUUAAAUUUGAUCAUUUUAAACAGCUUACACCAUUUGAAAAAAGUUGGAUGAUGUCCUCCAUGACGGGAAACAAGGCUGAAAUAAUUUGUCAGCUUGAGGAAGAACGCAGCAUUGUCAAAUUUAAGGUGAUAUGAAAGAAUCCAAUGAAUUUUUUAUACAUUAUUUAUGAAUUUGGAUUUGUUACUAAUCUCUGUUUGGUUUCCUUCCAUCCCUAGGACUUCAUCAUGGGUGUAAGUGUCUAAAAAUUAUUCAAUUUUUUAAAUACUAAAAUUGUUCUUGUUUUAAUUGCUAUAAAAUAUUGAAUUUUAUUUUUUAUUCUUUUUUAUGAUUGUUCAAUCUUGUUCCUUUGUAUCUAUUAGUAUGUAAGUAUCUGCAUGUAAUAAUACUUGAAUGACAAUGUGAAUCUAUUGAUGAAAUUUUCUCUCGAUAUUUUCAACAAUCAACAUUGGUCAUAUGUGUGCCAUGUUUGUUUCAGACUGCUUUGCACUGGGCUGUCAAACAAGGAAAUGAAGAAUUAGUAAGAUUACUGGUCGAGGGAGGUGCUGACGUCAAUACUAAAUCUGUAAGUUGUAAUUAUUACAGAUAUUGUUGUCUUCUCUAUUCGUGCACUAACUCUAUUCUCGUAUUUUUUCAUCUUGUUGCUGCCAUGAUGUGUUUUGAUAUCUACAACAGAACGUAAGUAGAGAUUGUUUGUGUUUUCAAUUUAAGAUGGUGACUCAUAAAGCUUGUUCAAAUAGACCCAGCAUUGUUGGCAAUUUUUAAAUAAUGUUACAUACUGUUUCACAAAUAUUUUAUAGCACUAAUUGUCAGUUUGGAUAAAUUGGAGCUUUGCCAUUUGUAAAGGGCGUUUUGCCAUUUGUAAAGGGCGUUUUGCCAUUUGUAAAGGGAGUUCUGUAAUUUGAAUAGGGAGUUUUUCCAUUUGUAAAGGGAGUUCUGCCAUUUGAAUAGGGAGUUUUGCCUUUGGAAAGGGAGUUCUGCCAUUUGAAUAGGGAGUUUUGUCAUUUGUAAAGGGAGUUCUGUCAUUUGAAUAGGGAGUUUUGCCAUUUGGAAAGGGAGUUCUGUCAUUUGAAUAGAGAGCUUUGCCAUUUGAAAAGGGAGUUCUGCCAUUUGAAAAGGGAGUUGCCAUUUGUAAAGGGAGUUUUUCCAUUUGUAAAGGGAGUUCUGCCAUUUGAAAAGGGAGUUCUGGCAUUUGAAAACCAUGUUCUGCCAUUUGAAAAGGGAGUUCUGCCAUUUGAAAAGGGAGUUCUGCCAUUUGAAAAGGGAGGUCUGGCAUUUGAAAAGGGAGUUCUGCCAUUUGUAAAGGGAGUUCUGCCAUUUGUAAAGGGAGUUUUGCCAUUUGAAAAACGAGUUAUGGCAUUUGUAAAAGGAGUUCUGCGGGAAAAGAACUUCAUGUACGUCAGCUUACCCACGCAGUACGUCACAAAGCCCUUGGCAAUGCUUUUGGCUUAAGAGUUAAGGCCAUGGUUUUAGUGCAGUGCAAGCUGUUUUAUGUGAAGGAUUACAGUAAGGCUCUUUGUAAUGCUAUUCUGGGAAAAUAGUCACAUUUUUAGGGGUAUACUUUACUAGGCUUUGCUUUAAGCUGAAUAAUUUGACCGGCCAGAAAUUCGGUAUCAAAUCGGUACGUCCCAGCUAAAAUUGAGUUGGCCGGUCACCUUGACCUUCGGGAAAAGAACUUCAAUCUACGGCGGCUUUCCCACGCAGUACGUCACAAAGCCCUUGCCAUGCUUUUGGCUUAAGAGAUAAGGUCACCUUGAUCAGCGAGCCUCCAACCGUUAUUUUGCUCCCUGAGUACAGUGUAUAUUCAUGCACAUAUUUAAUUCAUUUGUCCAGUAUUGAUUAACAAAUACAGCUUUUGAAACUGAUUGAAUUUUUGUUUUCUUUUAAAUUUAUGUCUUUGUUUAUUGGAUGUUUUGGAAACGUUUUAGGGCGUAAGUAAUUUUUGUUCUAUACUAUAAUUUGGUACAUUACAGUAUUUGCACUCAAUUUGUUCGUUUGAACAUUCAGCAUCAACACACAAUUCCCAUUAUAGACUAAUUUUAAAACUAAGCAAGGAAAUGCAAAUAAAUCACCACAGCUAGAAAGGACAUGAGUAAAAUUGCAAAGUUUGGUUGCGAAAUGUUGUAAAAUGAGGAAGAUAUAGCCUUGCAAAGUUUGCAAAUGUUGUAUACUUUUGUAUUGCGUGAAAUUGCUACCAUUUUCGGCCCAAAUGUUCUUUCUAGUUGUGGUGAUUUAUUUGCAUCUCCUUGUUUAGUUUUAAAAUUAGUCAAAAAUGGGAAUUGUCUAUUCCUUAACAAUCUUAUUUGUUUCUCAGGGUUAUACUCCCCUUCAUCUUGCUACGAUGCAUGGCAAAGUCAAUGUAAUCAACAUACUGAUUGAUGAAUACCGUAAGUAGCGUGCAGCAAUUUUAACUACUUCUAUUUGUUGACAUACCAUUGUAUUUAUAUUUGUAAAACUCAUAAUUCAUAAAGAAAAUUUAAAACAAUUAAUGAGGUGUUGUAUCCACUGUAAAACUAAAUUAAUGUUAUUCCGAAAAAGUGCUGUAAAUAUUACUUAUUUACUGUAGACGCCAAUGUUCAUGUUCGUGAUCACAGUGGCAAAGAACCAAAGGAUGUUGUCACGAAGAAUUUAUCAGAACAGACAAAACGUAAGAAGGUUUUUAUGCUGUUAGUCUUUAAUAGUUUAAUUUAGGUUUCCUCCUGUAGUAACACUGGAUCAAUAAGAGAUGACCCUUACUGAACUUCUAGGGAGAACAGUUUAGAACUGAUAGAGAUAUCCAGUAUAAAUAAAGUUUAGUUUAAGUUUUCUCCUGUAGUAACAGUAGAUUAAUAUAAGAGAUGUUCUUAGUUCAUCUCUAAGGAGAACAGUUUUGAACAGAUGGAGCUAUCCAGUAUAAAUAAAGUUAGUUAAGUUUCAUGCAUAGCAAUAGAAAUAUAUAUAAGGAAAUUGCUUUGUAUUUUUGCAGUGAAACUCACAGAACCAGAAACUGCAAUCGGUAUGUGCAUAUAUUUUACUUUGAUUUUAAUAAUGUCACCCUGAUCGAACAUAAAACAUCGAUUGUUAUAACGUAGAUUCUGACAAAUUAAUAAUAUACUCGCGGUGGUACAUUUAGUACUGUCCAUUCAAUUAAUUUUUAAUCAAUAUCCUAUAAUGAUUCCGAUUAAUCAACAUGUUAAUUGUGAUGAUUCCGAGGAAAUUUAAUCAUUCCAAUCAAGCAAGGACGUGAUUUUAAUGAUUACAACAAUCACCGACGCAUUCACUUCGAUUUUUCACAACAAAUAAUGGCGAAUCAUUUUUCAUCGUUCGUACUUUUUAUCGUUCACGGAUUUGAAAGAUAAAUUUUGAAAUUUCGCCUUUGGCAGCACUGGCAGAAAUGACAAAGAAAUUUCCAGGAAUGAACCCACCACCAGGUAAGAAAAAAGGAAAAAGAUUUGGGAAAAUUCUGGCCAAGAAACAUCACCCUCAUUCCGAUCAUUCACACGUCGAUGGCGAGGUGCCGAGUAAGCUCCGACGAAGUUAUAGUGACGGUUCGGCGGAGUACGGUGAUAGUUUGGUUGAUGUGAUUGAGCCAGAAGAGGACAGCAAUGAUGAAAUGCUCGCAGAAGAAAAUAAUGAGGCUUCUGAGGAACGGUCUGACGACGAUUUAGUAGUAUAGAAGUUCAUACAGAAAAGAAGUUGAGAUCUUGUGAUGCUCAGCAUUCCAUUUGCCACAAAUGGCUGAAUUUUUUUUUCAAUUUUACACACAUAUUUUAAUUAUGGGAUAAUCUUAAGAAAUCAUAUUGAAUACACAAUAAAUAUUGUGCCAGGCCGUGAAUUACAGAAUCAAUGCUGGUUUACAGUAUCAAAGUUUCUGUGAUCACAGUAGGAACUUUGCAUAGAUAAAUUCUGAUUUUGAAGGAUUUGUAGGAAAUGUUUGAGGAAACUGAUUCAGUGUUUAACACAAAGUUAAUUCCCUCAAAUAUUUCUUACAAAUCCUUCAAAACUUAGAAUUUACCCAUGCAAAAUUCCUACUGUGAUCACAGAAAUUUUGAUAGUAUAAACCAUGCAGAUAUAAAAAUAAGCAAAUACAUGUACAUUUUAAUUUUUUUAAUGGCCUUCUACCGGGAAUAAUUAAAGUCAAAAUAAACAUUAGUAUAGAUCAUAUAAUAUAGUAAUAUUUUAUUAAAUUUUAUACUUUACAAAAAAAUGUACAAAAAUAUUGCAAUGUAGCAUGGGAUUAAAUUAGUUUCGGUUUCGGUAAGAACUUUCCUAAGUUUGAUAAUUUUCGUGAAUUUUUUAUUUAAGAUUCUUCCAAUGCCAGUGGCUUCAGUAAAUAUUUGGAACCGAAGGAAUCUCCGAAAAUAAAACCCAAGCUUAAAGGGGUAUGUUCAAAAUUCUAAGAUUUUUAUGACGGACCUCAUUGUCGGUCAGGUAUGUUUGGUCGAAAAUGAGAAAUACAAACCGCACAUUAGCACCGCACUCUGGAGGUUUUCUGCAUGGGGUAAUAGGAAUGUGUCUGCAGACUUCAGGUAUUCAAUUAUAAAAAACUUUAUUCGGGUAAGGCCUACUUAAGUAUUCGACAACUAUUUUUAUUCUCAGCAAUGCACAUGAGGGGAACUAUUUGGAUAAAGUAUGCCUUUAAACGAAUGCUGUCUUUGAAAUUUGCAGUUUAAAAUUUAAUGUACCCGACAAAAAUUUUCUGCUUUUUCGUAUUUCGCUUUCACAAGAUCCCAGCUAACUAUAUAGUUCUAUUUUUAAACUUGAAACGAUUGUUUUUUGAAAUGAUGGCGGAACGAACACGAAAACAUCGCUUGAGGAAGUCAUAAAAGAUUUCCACUCGAAAAAUGUUUGAAGGAAAACAACAGCAAAUUGAGAAGACCGCACCUGCUACGGAUUUGAUUAAACAGACUUCAUAUGUCAUGUGUAGGGCGCCUCGUUCCGCUUUCUCAAGAAACCAAAGAAGUUGAGGAGAUCAGAGCGGCCUGUCAUCGAACACUGGGACAGUUCGAGGCAGGAAAGGUGAGAUAUUAGAAUUUUUUUUUUAAAUAUUUUAGUUGUUGGUGGUUUGCAUAUUGACUGUUUAUCGUUAAAUGCAAACUGUGGUUUUGCUUUGUUGGUGGUUUGCAUGUUGACUGUUUAUCGUUAAAUGCAAACUGUGGUUUUGCAAAAAAAUUUAAAACAUCUAAUAUUUUCACAUGAAACUGCAAGCAUUUGCAAGUUUUAAUAACGUUAGGGUGAACUCAUUAAAAGCUUCAAAUGCUCUCGACAGACAUGCGUUGAUAUAAAUUUGUACUGUAAUAAAGUUUUGCAAAAUCUGAAUCAAAGCUUUACUUAAAGUUUAGGCAUUAAAGCCUCGUUUACACUACGCCCAAUUUUUGGUACGGCACGGAUAAAAUUGGUACCCGUACCACUUUUUUGGUUCUUGGACUACCUAUUUAGGUAGUCCAAGAACCAAAAAGUGGUACGGUACCAAAAAUUGAGCGUAGUGUAAACGGGGCUUAGCUAAAUAGGGUAGUCCAAGAACCAAAAAAGUGGUACGGGUACCAAUUUUAUCCGUGCCGUACCAAAAAUUGAGCGUAGUGUAAACGGGGCUUAAAGGUGUUUCCUAAUAUUUAUAAAACUAACUUUAGAAUACGAUAAAGUCAUAAAGUAGAAUAGAAAUUAAAAAUAGAUUUUUAAUGAUUUUAGUUUGUCGGACAUUGAAGAGUAUACCUCAACCACAACGUUAAACGACCCUACAAUUAAACCAAAGUUAAGAGCAAGUAAAAGUCUUGAUGCAGACUACUUGACAGUACGUGACUAACUUUACUACUAACUUUAAAACUAAUGUCAAAUUUAUAGCAUUUACUAAACGAUAAAUAUCACAGCCCAAAUAAUUUUUUCAACUAAGGUAAUUUUAAAACUAUUGUCAAAUUUAUAGCAUUACUAAACGAUAAAUAUCACAGCCCAAAUAAUUUUUUCAACUAAGGUAAUUUUAAAACUAUUGCCAAAUUUAUAGCAUUUAUAGCAAAUAUCUAACAUUUCUCUCUUUGUCUUUUCAUUCUUUCUGCCUUGUCAUUCCCUUAGUCUUUUCAUUUAAUCUUCCUUGUCUUUGUUUCUUGUCUUUGUUUGUUGUCUAGUGGUGAGCACCUUGCAUGGGACAUAGUCUCGUUUGUGUUUCGCCACUUUUGGCACUUUCCUCGUCUUCUUGUACAAUGUAAUUAUCCGUUUAAGUUAUGUAAAUAUUCAGUUUUUUAUGUGCCAAAUUAAAGUUGUUAAAAUAAAAAAAAAUAAAAAUAAAAAAUAAAAUAAAAAAAUAAAUUUAUAGCAUUUACUGAACGAUAAAUAUCAUAGCCUAAAAUCAUGUUUUCAACUAAGGUAUUGGCACAUUUGAAGUUGCUGCAAUCUAUGGAUAUUAAAAGUUAAAAUGUUUGCUAUAUUUUUAAACAUGUUGUGUGAUGAUUGUGGUGUUCAAACUUAAUUUAUUUUUGCUAAUGUUACUGUGGGCGUGUCCACACCCAUUCUCGUACCCAGAGCCCUUCUUACGCGCGGUGCGACGAGGGGCUCUGGCCAAAUCCAUAACCGGAUACCAUAAAAACAUGGUAAGAAAACAAUGUCCGGUGUUAGAACUAGCCAAUUAGAUGCCAGUUCGGAAUAUGGAUUUGGCCAGAGCCCCUCGUCGCACCGCGCGUAAGAAGGGCUCUGGGUACGAGAAUGGUCCACACCGAGCAAACCAAAGGUCGCGGGUUCAAUUCCCGCCGCGGUCAAGUUAUUCUUCAGCUUUUGCCCAGUGUGGAAACACUCAGAGUGAAGUCUGUUUUACACAGUAGGAAUUGGAGGGACUGUCAUGCGCCCGUAUUCUAAAAGCACACUCAAUGAGUGGAGGUUCAAUCUGAGCUUGAGUGUCAAUGCUGUUUUUGAAUAGCUGGAGGGUGAGUAGUCACAUAGUAAGGUAGGACACUAACCCUCCAGCUAUUCAAAAACUGCACUGACACUUAAGAGAAGCUCAGAUUGAACCUCCACUCAUUGAGUGUGAGUGAACUUUUAGAAUACGGGCGUUAGUUCCACUGAUUUAGUUCCCUCAAACAUUUCUUACAAAUCCUUCAAAACGUAGAAUUUAACCGUGGAAUAUUCCUACUGUGAUCACAGAAACGUUGAUAGUGUACACCAAAAUAAUGUUGUGUGUUCAAUUUGAACUACUUGCAGUGCUUUUUAUUAUAGUCUCCCUCUGUUCAUUUAGACUUGAAUCAACUCUGGAAAACGAUGAAAAAGCACUAUACAAAAUGCAGCGUAAUAACUCGGGCAGUUUGUUCCCAAUUUCUUUCUACGCUAAAAAAAGUCAAGCAGAGCAACCAGAGGAGAAACCGGACGCCGUUGACGGGGAACUGGUGACUAACCCUGAGGAUGCGCGUCAGAGACUUCUGAGCCGAAGCUAUCCUGAAAACGAAUUUCGAAAUCUUGCACGAAUCUCGGAAAGCGAACCCCAAGAGUCUAGUGAUGAACGUAGGAGUCCUUCAGUGUCCCUAUCGAACCCUGGAGCAGUUCAUAGGUCCCACUCGGAGAAUAAUCUAACGGAACAUUCACCCUUCCAAGAUGAACUUGGAUUAACAAUGGACGAAGCUACUAAUGGUAGACCUCCUUCAGUUUUUGCUGAAGACGCAUCACGUUUGAAACAGACAAUGAAGCCAUACGAUGAAGACUCGUUGAGGCUUAGGAUUGAUUCAAGUCCAGAGAAAGGGUCCCUAGAUCCAUUCAAGGGCGAGGAGUUGGCAACUUUUAUGAUUCCACCAAACAAGAAGUCAGGAGUAAGCAUUCAACAGCAUAGUAAGCCUUCAUUAAGUUCUCAACUGGGUGGUAGAUCUGUUGACUCGUCAAGUAAACUGAAUAAGGUCAAUGGAAAUCUAUCAAGUUUUGGUGAGGAAGAACAACUACCCGAAGCGCAACCUGUUCACAAUAACGAUAAAGUAAUUUCGAAAUUUAACAAUAAUUAUAAACAAGUGAGUGAAAUAUUAACCAGCUCUGAACAAAAGAACGCUGAAGUAACAGCAGAAGAACCUACGAGCCCUGUUAGACCGCCAAGAAAGAAAGAUAAGAAGUUGAAGAAAUCUCUUCACGUCGAGGGAGACAAUAUCGAACAGUUCGUUUAUGACUUUGAAACGGGAAAAGAACAAACAUUGAACUCGGUGUCUCCAACCUCAAAGCAAAAUUACGAUGGGGUUUCGUUUGCUAAAACGGCAGAUAGAAGCAAAGGGUUAGACAGUACCCUGAACAAUGAUAUUAAACUUAGCGGUCCACCAGAGAAUUGGCGGGCAGGUGAUGGUUUGCGGGCAGGUGAUGGUUUGCGGGCAGAUGAUGGUAUGCGUUCUCCUUCCAAUUACCAGGGUAAUGAAAAGCUUCUGGAACGUAAAAGUCAGUCUUCGACGUCACUGAAUGACUUUCGUCGUCAAGAUGAACAGUUUAACACAAAUUUUGAUUAUACAAAACGAAAGUCAAAAGGCCCUGUAAACCAAGACGAUUCUCGAAAUACUCGAGCACAGCCAUAUCAAGACUACACAAGACGCAAAUCUGACGGCUUUGCAAUUCACAAGGCUUACAGUGACGAAAAUAUGUUGAACACAAGAAGAAAAUCUGAAGGUUUCACCAGAGAUGAAAGGACAGGAAAUGAAGAAUUUAGGAAGCCAAGUGCAAAUUACACUAGACCUAAAUCUGAAGGUUUCACAGGAAGGACUGAAGGGUUAAGAGAUGAGCUAAGACCUGCAGGAUUCACAAACCAAAAGGAAGUAUCUCUGGACCAUCCCCGAAGGAGCUCUCAUGAGGAAAUCCUGAAGUCAGAUUUGGAAUUUGCUAGGCGUACGUCUGAAGGCUUUGUAGACCAGCAAAGGUCUGGAAGCUUCACUGAUCAGCGAAGGUUAGAUGGUUUCCAAAAAGAAGUGUCUCUUGAUCACCCCAGACGACGAACCACCAUGCAUAGCCUACCUUCUCAGACUAACCAAAAAGAAAGCCGACAUGUUUUACCGGAAGUGUUGCUGGACACCUCACGGCGUCGAGCUAGUUCUGGGUACACGAGGGGACCUAAGGAUGACCCGCUUUCACGAGAUGAUUUUCGUAGUAAUACUCAAGUGGACAAAAGGGUCCCUCCUCCCUAUCGCCCUCCUCCAGGACUGGUAAAAGAGGGUGCAUCAGCAUACGGUUCUUAUUCAGAACAAGGGAAUCGCCGUCCUCCAACGAGACCAAAUUACAGGCCACCUCCCCCACCCGUUGCUAAGGAACCACCACCUUAUCGAAAAUCGCAAGAGUUUACCCCCGCGUAUUCGUUAGGCCACCCCGCUCCUGCAUCCCCUUCAUCACGACCGAGCGAACUUUCGUUCCAUUCUUCAGAAAAUCUAUCAAACAACACCAUGUCUCAACUAAAUUACCCCCCUCGCAAUGACAUCACCCCUACAGCCCCUCCCCGUAAACACCGAACGUCUGUUUCCUCGGAAGAUGCAGCUUACCCUCCCACCGAGCUUUCUCCGACAGCCCCACCCCGCAAACAUCGAGGAUCGGUACCUUCCACAGAAGAUGUGUAUCACCCUCCUAACGAAGUCUCACCCACCGCUCCACCCCGCAAACACCGAGGCAGCGUCCGCUCAGAAGACUACCCUCCCACCGAGCUGUCCUCUACAGCCCCUCCACGUAAACAUAGAGCAUCCACCCCCAGCUCAACCGAAGAUCUACGCACAACAACAUCUAAACCAAGCUACCCUCCGCCCUCCCUACCAUCAAAUGUACCCCCAUCAGGUCCUCUCCACAAAUCUCAAGGGAGUUCGGACUAUACCUUUGGGCGUGAAGUCUCACUUGACUAUCCCAAACGACGUUCCCAGAAUUAUGAACCUGAUGUUACCGCUGUCAUACAUGCUAGCAGUUACGUCCCAACAGAAUACAAUACACACUCCAGUAACUAUCAACGGUCACAGCCCAAAGAAUAUUUCCAAUCAAAGGAAGGUAAUUUUGAAGGACAGUCCAGUAAUUAUAGGCGGUCAGAGCCCAACGAAUAUAACCCAACAGAAUACGGUAACUUUCAACCACGGUCCAGUACAUAUCGCCGGUCAGAGGGCAAUGAAUAUAACCGCUCAGAUUCCAAUUAUCCUCAAACGUCCAGUCGCCAGUACCCAUCAGACUACGGUCGCAAUUUCCCAUCAGAGUUCAGUUCUAACUUCGAACCAACUCCAGCCCGCGAUCAGGUCGACGGUUAUGAAAGUCGGUCCAUACGCCCCAGGUCAGCGGUCGAUACCACAACUCGUGACCAGUCCCCGCCUGAUGAAGUUGUUGUCGCGAGAAGUGUGACGUCAGAACCCGAGCGUUUCACGGACUAUCCUAAUGAGUUCCAGAAUGAUAGACGAGCACCUCCCGAUUAUAUCCCGAUACGAAAACCACAAGAAAUCAGUGGAGAUAAUAUCGACAGAAGGAAUCGAACUUUUGCCCAACCAAGCUACGAGAAUGAAUUUGAUACUGUUAUAAAGCCAAAAUACGAAGGUUGUACAGAAACAAAUACUGUAUUAAUGCCAAGAUAUGAAGGAUCCAACAUAUCAAGGCCAGAAAUCAAUGUUUCUAGGCCUGAAUACAACUUUGUCGAACCUGAAUACAACUUUGUCGAACCUGAAUUUAUUGUGGCAAAGCAAAUGCCGGCUCACGAAAUUGUGAGUGAAGCUGUGGCUCGAGGUAGUACAGAAGAUAUGAACACACUCCCUGGUGUUCUAGGACAAGAUAUGAAAAAUAAAUGGGUGUCAAACUCGUCUGAUGGUUCCAAUGACAGCAGUGAAAACAGAAGUAAAUAUAGAAUGACAUCUGUGAUUUGA